CAUCAUCUUGCCACGCUCGACUACGAUCCAUUGUCUUUGUUCUUCGUCGUCAUCACUCCGAGCACAUCUACACACAUCCACCAUGAGCGUGCAAACAACGCCUAGCAAGAAGGCAACUUCCGCCCUUGAAGCACUCAAGAUGGAGUCUCCAAUCAAGAAAGUGCAGUUCUCCGAGGCCGACAAGGAGAACCGCGAGUCGCAGUACGCGUCGGACGAGGUCGCCAUCCCAGUCAAGGGCAUUCCCGAUGACCUGCCUGAGCCAGUGGCUAAGAAGAUCGAGGCCGAGACGGUCAAAGAGGAGGAUUCAGAGAUCGAGCCCAUACUACAGGAGAACCCACAACGAUUUGUGCUGUUCCCAAUCAAGUACCACGAGAUAUGGAACAUGUACAAGAAGGCCGAGGCAUCAUUCUGGACUGCCGAAGAGAUUGAUCUGUCCAAGGAUCUUCACGACUGGAACAAGCGACUCAAUGACGACGAGCGCUUCUUCAUCUCACACGUCCUUGCUUUCUUCGCCGCAUCCGACGGCAUUGUCAACGAGAACCUGGUCGAGCGAUUCAGCGCCGAGGUGCAAAUACCUGAAGCACGAUGCUUCUACGGCUUCCAGAUCAUGAUGGAGAACAUCCACUCCGAGACAUACUCCCUCCUCAUCGACACAUACAUCAGCGAGCCUAAGCAACGAACAUACCUCUUCAACGCCAUCGACAACAUCCCAUGCAUCCGCAGAAAGGCUGACUGGGCACUGCGAUGGAUCUCGGACAAGGACUCGACUUUCGCUAUGCGAUUGAUCGCCUUCGCUGCUGUCGAGGGUAUCUUCUUCUCCGGCUCAUUCGCCUCCAUCUUCUGGCUGAAGAAGCGCGGUCUCAUGGCUGGCCUCACCUUCUCCAACGAGCUCAUCUCUCGUGACGAGGGCAUGCACACUGACUUCGCUUGCCUGUUGUUCUCUCAUCUCAAGAACAAGCCCGCCAAGUCUGUCGUGCAAAGCAUCAUCGUGGAGGCCGUCGCCAUUGAGCAAGAAUUCUUGACCGAUGCCCUGCCUUGCGCACUGCUCGGCAUGAACGCUAAGCUCAUGUGCCAGUACAUUGAGUUCGUCGCUGACCGACUGCUGCUCGCUCUUGGCAACCAAAAGUUCUACAACGCCACCAACCCCUUCGACUUCAUGGAGAACAUCUCCCUCGGCGGCAAGACCAACUUCUUCGAGAAGCGUGUUGGUGACUACCAGAAGGCCGGUGUCAUGGAGGGCUACAAGAAGCAACAGGCCAAGACCGAGAGCUCAACAGGGCCUGCAGCUGAUGCGCCUAAGAUGAAUGGUGACUUUGCUUUCGACGAGGACUUUUAGAUGUGUCGCGAUGUACGAUGUGUUUUUAUGAGAACGGCGCAUGGGAUAUGGGAAUGAUGAUACGGCAUGGCAUGGCCACAGGCGUUCAGGCUGGAUGAUACCUGGUGGAUUGAAUUUUGCUCUCUCGACUCGUCUAGAGGACGAUCGGCAAUACAGAAGAUAAAGAAUACGUACAGUGGAGCGUGCGAGACGCGUCGUUGGAUGAAUGCGAAAGAAUGUGUCAAAUACGAUAAUGCAUGAACUGCAGUU